AUGACCACUGAACCGCCCGAGGAUGCGAUCGCGAACUUCGUUAGUUUCACCAGCACAACGCGCGAGCAAGCUAUCAGCUUCCUCAAGGCAAACAAUCUUGACUCACAAAAGGCGAUUAAUGCCUAUUUCGAAGACCCAACCGGAUCCCAAUUAAAGGUGAAUCGAAGAGCAACGCAACGUUCGGCGAGAGCAACGUCUCGUGUACGGAAUUUGAUUCCACUUCAUGUGAAUCCGUGGCUGAUACACUCUUUCCCAGCGUUCGCAUAUGGCCAGCAAGACAAUCCGCCCCGAGUCCCCGCGACAGCUCCGCCCUCCCGCCCUCCGUCUCGAGUGAACAUGGAUGAGCAGACCGAAGCUGCCGGUUUCGAGAAUACUUCCAUACCAGCUGCCCAAGGUACUACAGGAAAUGCGCCUUCUGGACAGGGCCUGACUCUGGCUGAGCGUGAAGAGCAAGAGCUGCAACAGGCAGUCGCGAUGUCUCUGAACCAAGGAGUCGGACAGCAGGAGUCUGGAGUUACAACGACCAGCAACCAGCAACCUCACUUUGGGAAAGCUACGCGCGAACACUAUGAUGAAGCGGAUUGGGGGAUGACUCUGUUCAACGAAACGUCCCAGGAAGUUGUGCUUAGUCCCGACCCAGAAGAUCGCAAAAGAGUUGAUGGGGAGCUUGCGUUCAUUCGUCCAACCAAUGAUAACCUCUACCUGGGAGGGUUUCUCACGAUUCUCCACGAGAUUCCUCUUGCGCGCGAGGCUCUCUUGCUACGGAAUAAGAUGCUAUUCGACUAUGGACAGGAGCCACAAUGGUGGAGCGGACAGUCGAUCAACCUUCCGAAGAUUGUAACGGUUCAUGAUCAACAGGACGGGGACAAUGACUGGGACGACGUCAUUUACGAAGCCCAGCGACUCAUGGCGUUUUUGGACUCAACACAGCGUGCAUUUGGCAGUGGAGAUGCCCUUGCCAACCUGCGGGAUAUCACUUCGUUCUCGUCCGACUCGGAAGAAGUCGUCACACGAUUCUUGGAAACAUGGCAUGCAGCAGCAAUCCGGGCUUCGCCCGACAACCCCCUGACAACAGCUUUCAUGUCCCAUGCCUACAAACGAUCUCCUUUUGACGAGGGCGAUGAGACUAUCUCGAAAGAACUCUUUGUCUUUGAGCCCGUCGUCGAGCAGGGACACGGCCAAACCCUGUAUGAUCUCUUGGACACCGCGAUCUGGAGUGAUAGACCCGGUGAAGAACUUGAUGAUGUCUGGCUUGAGCACGUUGGCGAGGUGAUUACUAUGAAGCUCGACUCUUACAACAAUGGAAAGUCCGUGAACGUCAAGGCGCCCGCCGUCUUCUAUCCGGACCGAUACAUGAGCAGCUGUCGAGAGCUUGCACGUGAGCUCCGCACGAAAAGACUGCGUGUUGAAGAAGAGAUUCAAGCAUUGGAGACACUGAUGGCCCGUUAUACUACCCCUCAAAAUGUGAAAGGCAACCUGACGAUCAGAGAGCUUCUUGAGAAAGCUGCGGCUGCAACCCAAGUGGCCUUGUUGAAGAAUCCAGCGAACGAAACAGAAUCGAUGGAAACCGAAAACGUGACAGAGAAAGCUGAUCGGAUCUCAAAGGAGCUCUUGGCCAUUUCUGGUAGGAUCGACUCUAAACUUAAAGACCUGGAUGCCAGAAAACAAAGCGCCAUGGAAACAUUGCGCGGCUACUCCAAAACGCUCACGGAGGCACCAGAAGCCCCCGGAGAGCCUCCUCUCCGCAGAUACACCCUGCGGGGUGUGUGCACGGAGCCUCAUGUCACCUAUGUCUUGAAACGGGCCGGUGCUAAUGGAUCUCAACAAUUAAUGGACAUUGACGGCGAGCAGGGCAAUACCAGUGAUCAGUGGUGGAGAAUCAGCUAUUCUACCGAAGAUGGCAAGACUCGUCAGGCUGCAAAGCGAGAAGCACAAGGCAACUCUGCAGCCACCCAGAAUGGCGAUGUCAUUGGGUACACGACCCGCAAAGUGCGCGAGAUUGAAGUUCUCCGUGCUGCUCGCGAAGAGUGGAGGUCAGUGUUGCUUGUCUAUGCAAGUGACGCUGCGGUCAAUGCUCAAGUAGACCCAGCGCCUCCUCAACUUCAGGACUUCGUGAACAAGGAUAACGAGGCUUUUGCGACCGAGUGUGAACAAAGCGCAGCCAACCCAUCAGAAAGCAUUGGCGAGCAUCCAACUCAAUCGAACGAUGCCGACAAGCAGCAGCAGCAGGAUCCACCGCGACCCGCCCAGCAGGUAAACGUCUUUGACUAUCAGGUUUCGAAUUUUGGUAAUGACAGUGAUUGCGAACAGGAAAUGCAGGAGAGGAAAGGGUCAAUUCUCCUAGGCACGAGUAAUGGCAUUAACGGUGCGGGCAUCUCUCAUGCCCUAGAUGAUGAUACAGAAUGGCACGUGGACGGCGAUACGGAAAUGGCUGACCACGUUGAGAAUGCGAAUGGCGCUUGA